GGACCAGCUUUCUAAUCUCUGAUCUCUUGGAUUAUACUAAUGGAGGGGAUUUAACCUGUCUAUUUUUAUUUUCAGCGCGAUUUUACGCACCAUUUUGCGCGCUCGUAUUUGCGCCGUAAGGGUGGAUUAAUCCCCAGAUAGUUUUUGCCAUAUUUUAUUUGCACUCUUCGGGUUUCCAUGGAUUAUUACGGGAUUCGUAUGAUGCUGAAUAACGACGAUGAGCUUUUUGUCUCUGGAGCGAGUGGAGGCGCGUUGGAUUAGGAACCAGCAACUUCCCAAAGCUCUUGGAGCAAAUCUACCUGUUAAAUCUUAGGAGGCACUUUGAGCCGUUUCUCCCCCCUUCACAGGGUGGGAUGGAGAACGAGCUGAGACCCAGGCUCUGCUUUCUGGUCAAAGGACAGUGUGGAUAUGGCUUCCACCUGAAAGGAGAGAAGAAGAAACGCGGACAGUUCAUCCGCACAGUGGAGCCUGGCUCCCCGGCUGACCUGGCCGGGCUCCGACCUGGGGACCGACUGGUGGAGGUGAACGGGGAGAAUGUGGAGAAAGAAACUCAUCAUCAGGUGGUGAAACGCAUCUGCGAGGUGCCCCACCGCACCAGGCUGCUAGUGGUGGACAGAGAAACGGAUGACUACCUGCACAGCCAGGGCUUGGCCUGCACAGAGGACCAGGCCAUAGAAAUGGGAACCCUCUCCCCACGUCCCUCUCCAAGGCCCACACCCUCAGCCUCACCUAUACCAAGAGGAAACUCCCCCCUGUCUCCCAAAUCCAAUCUCAGACACUUCUUUCGCAAUUCUCCUGUACACCCACCCACUUAUAUAACCACCCAAGACAAAGACAAGAGAGCCUCAAUGACAUCUAGUUCAGCGAUAGACACAGAGGUUGGGCAUUCACCUGAGCCGACGGUGGAGCUCCUUCCUCGUCUGUGUCGCCUGGUGAAGGGGGAGAACGGCUACUGCUUCAACCUGCAAAACGAUAAGAAGAAGGGCGGCCAGUUUGUCCGUUCUGUGGACCACGACUCACCUGCAGAGAGAGCAGGUCUCCGAACUGGAGACAGAUUAGUGGAGGUAAAUGGAGUGAACACAAAGGGCCUAAGGCACUCAGAGGUGGUGGCGCUCAUCAGAUCCAAAGAAGAUGAAGUCUUUCUUCUGGUGGUUGACCAGGAGACAGAUGAGCUCUUCCACAGGCUGGGAAUUACGCCAACCACUGCCCACAUUAAAGGUCAAACAGCCCUUGAACUCCAACACUCAACGGUCCAGACUACUGAGACAAUGCUAAACUUUGUUUUCAUUUUUACAGAGGUCUAUGUGGAUGGAGGACGUGCAGAAAGCACCCCUCCAACCCCCUCUCCAACCACCGAGCUCCCUGCAACAGAUGCACCAGUCAUUAGCAUCACACUGACAGACCCUGAGAUCAUGAACACUUCUCCAAAAUCCCGAGCCAAUGGGAGCUCUGCGUCCCAUUCCUCCAGGAGUUCCACGACCCAGUCAGAGAUCAGCAGCUCCGACAUGAGUUACCAGGUUCCUGACGAUGACGACCGGCGUAUUUCAGACCCCUUCAUGGAAAGCGGCCUGCAUCUUAGUCCCACAGCUGCUGAAGCUAGACAGAAGGUCCUUGCCACCCACAACAAGAAGAGAGCUCCCCCUAUGGACUGGAGCAGGAAGCAGGAGCUCUUCAGCAACUUUUGAACCAAGAAGAUGCAAGAAUAAGACACAAAAUGGCACAAAAAUCUUAAUGGCUCUUCACUAUUUAUAAGCAAAAAUAAAGUCUUCCAUCUUGUAGAUGUAUGGGCAGAAAAUGAGCAAAAUGUAAUGAAAGGUAGUUACUGUUUAGUAUAAAAGUAGCGUGUAAUAUCACAUAUCCUCUAGGUGUAAUCUGUACAGUUAUCUCUAAGGGUAAAGACAUUUCUAUGCAAACAAGUCAACGGUAAUGCAAUAACUGUUUGACUGUCGCUGAGACUGUCAACUAAAAAUGAGAGCCUGGUGAUCGACGUAUAGUGAAAGCUAGCAUGAAGAUAAUACACUGAAAAAGAACAGAAAGCAUAUUUCUUGUCCAGCAAAUACACAUGUUCUUUCAGAUUGUGCAAAAACUAUUUGGGUGCAUGAAAAUCUUUCAGGAAAAGGAGCAAAUUUGCAGUAUCAACAUCUGUGCUGCAUGGAAACCAAACAGAAGAAGAUUAUGUGAAGGAGGAUCCAAACAAGCAACAUCUGUACCACAGAAAGGAGUAGUGACCAUUUUUCUGGCUGGGCAUUUUUCUCUUUAAAAUUGUCAGCAGCUGGUUUUAUUUUUCUGUUAUUGUGUAAAAAUCUGUAGUAAAGGUAUGUGUAAGUAUAUUGAUAUGAAGGCAAAAAGAAAGCAAAAAGUUGAUCACUAAGCUGUGGCUAAUUUACCACCAUGUUUAUGAAGCAGCAGAUUGUCUGAUGGAAGUCUCCUGUGGACAAAGAUGCCAGGACCGUUUCAAAGUCUUUUUGUUUUUUCCUUGUCUCAAUUUCUGCCAAACCAGCUUUAAAACUUUAUAUCACUCCUGUUUGCUCUGAUAUUAGUUUCUGUACACAUCUAUGGCCAUACACUUUCAAUGUUUGUUGUAUAAUGGUUGUAUUUUUGGUAGAAAAUGUCCAACAUCACCACCUCGGAUGUCUCUUUAGAACAAGUAGCAGUUUUAGGUGAUUUGACAUAAUCAUAGGUUCUUGUCAAUGUAUUUCUCUCUUUUUCAAAAUAGAUGCUUAAACCUUUAAUGUACAUACAGAGCAAAUGAUUGAUUGAUCACUUCACCGCUCCUCUUAUAUAUUAAUGAAUACUGUCUGGGCAGAAAUACUGUUAAAUUAGAUGUAUUUAUUACUCAUUUAGCUUUUUCCAAAACGUUUCUCCCUUUUUGGUUUAAACAUCUAACAGUGUGAAGUAAACCUUUUUAAAAUAUGUGUAUUGCAACAGUAAUAUUAGGCCAUAGUUCUCAGAUAUGGAGCAACAAGUGUUACAUUUUCAUGCAAAAGAUUUAGCUGACACAUUUAUAAAUCAGCUCACUUUUCUCACAUGUACCACACGUCCGGCACAUUGGAGAUGGCAACACAAUUAAUACAAUUUUAUAUAAUUUUCGCAAAUCUAAAUGUUAAAUUUGACUUUAAAUGUCUAAAUGUUGUUUUACAAAAAUGUUAAAUUGGUGAAUACAUUUUGAGUUUAAAUGCUAAAGCCAUAUCUAUUUUAUACAUUUAUACAUUAAUGGGAAACCUGAAUGUAAAAUCUUUGAAGCAAGUGUUGUUGGGGUUUUUUUUUUUUCGCAUAGCACCAUUUAUUCUCAGGGUAAUUCAAAAUGCUUUACAGUGUAAAACAAAGGAACAGAGAUUUCAAAAAAAACUCCUGAUGUAUCAAAAAGAUGAAUGAAGCAUAAAACUUGAGACAUAAUCACAUGAAAGAAUCAAAUUGUUGGGAUUAUGAUUGUUGAUUAAUAUUUAUCAAGAAUUAUAAUUAAAAAUCAUA